UGUUAAUUAUGUAGGGAGAGAAGGAAUGAGUAAAGAAGACGUUCCGUCCAAAUCCGAAUAUGAAUAUAAAUAUAAAUUAAAAAACAGAACAACAUUGAUUAUACGUUUCUUCCCCCUUCUCAAUUGGAUUGGAUUCAUCUCUUCUCACUUCCCCCAACCAUCUUUACGUGUUGGAGACCAUGGCCAAAAGCUCCUUCAAGCUUGAACAUCCGUUAGAAAGAAGGCAGGCUGAGGCUGCUCGCAUUAGAGACAAGUAUCCUGAUAGAAUACCUGUGAUUGUUGAGAAGGCUGAAAGAAGUGACAUUCCAGACAUCGAUAAGAAGAAAUACCUUGUCCCAGCAGAUUUGACUGUUGGUCAGUUUGUUUAUGUUGUCCGUAAAAGGAUCAAGGUCAGUGCAGAGAAGGCUAUUUUUAUUUUUAUCAAUAACACUCUACCUCCAACUGCUGCCUUGAUGUCUGCUAUUUAUGAGGAAAACAAGGAUGAUGAUGGAUUUCUUUACAUGACUUAUAGUGGAGAGAACACUUUCGGAUCCCACUAGGAUUGAAUUUAAUAAUUUCUCUUCUCUUCUGUAAAUAUAUGCUACAAGAUUUAACUUUUCUGCCGUCAUUAGUCAAUGCCUGUCCUGUUUAUUGCAUGAGGUUUCGUAUCAAUUGAGCAAUAUUAUCU